AUGCAAUUGCUGCACUCUGGUCGCUACGCAAACAAUCCACUCUGUGUUGCCCCCUCCUCGGUGGCAAGUCCAAUAUGGCCAUUUAAGAAGUACCACUUGCGUCCGAUUGCUUUGCCUCGGCUGUGGAUAAAAAAGACCAUCAACGAUUUUGCAAAGGCAGCGGCACUUGCCAGAGAAGCUGGAUUUGACGGAGUUGAGAUAAUGGCCUCCGAGGGUUACUUGCUCAAUCAGUUUAUCGCAAAGCACACCAACAAGAGGACGGACGAGUAUGGGGGGUCGUACGAAAAUCGCAUACGAUUUCCUGUUGAGGUUUUGCGUGCUGUUCGAAAAGCUGUUGGAAAUGAUUUUAUUGUCAUUUUCCGUAUUUCAAUGUUAGAUCUUAUUCCAAAUGGCUCGAAAAAAGAAGAGGUAUGGAUGCUUGCUGAAAUAGUUGCCAAAUCUGGUGCUAAUAUUAUCAAUAGUGGCAUUGGUUGGCAUGAAGCACGAGUUCCAACAAUUGCCACCUCUGUUCCUCGUGCUGGUUUCACCUGGGCUACUGCUGAUUGUCGAAAACACCUGCGAAGUAAAGGUAUUUCAAUUCCUUUUAUAGCUGUAAACCGUGUGAACCAUCCGGAUGUAGUUGAACAGGUUUUGCGAGAAGAUGCCGAUCUUGUGGCGAUGGCACGCCCUUUUUUAUGCGAUCCUGACUUUGUCAAAAAAGCAUCAGAAGGAAAUGUUAAUACCAUCAAUAUUUGCAUUGGAUGUAAUCAGGCUUGCUUGGAUCAUAUUUUUAAAGGAAAGGUUUCGUCAUGUCUUCUCAAUCCGAGGGCUUGUCAUGAAAAAGAGCGUGCUGUUCGUCCUGCUUUGAGGAAGAAGCGUAUUGCUAUCGUAGGUGGUGGACCGAGUGGUGCAUCGUGCGCCCUCACCUUGGCUCAACGAGGUCACGCCGUAACACUUUUUGAAAGGGAAAAAUUUUUAGGUGGACAAUUCAAUUUGGCAAAAAAGAUUCCUGGGAAAGCCGAAUAUGAGAGCAGCAUUCUGUAUUGGACGAAUUCUCUAACCUCUUUUAAAAACUUGACACUUCACCUUGAAACAACUGUUGAUGAUAAAAUAUUGAGAGAUGGGUGUUAUGACGAGAUUAUUAUUGCAACUGGUUGUCUUCCCAGAUCAAUCACGAACGAGGUAAUUCCAGGUGUUGAGGGUCUUCCAAAUGUGUUUUCGUACGUGGAUGUUUUGUCUGGGAAAGCUAAGGUUGGUGAGAGAGUUGCAAUUAUUGGUGGUGGCGGUAUUGGGUUUGAUGUCGCGUAUUAUCUAGUAGAGGAAAACGCUGGACCCGCACACAAAACGUAUUGUAAAGAAGAUCCACGAGAUUUUGCCAAUCAAUGGGGUAUAGAUAUUGACUUCACUUCCCCUGGCGGUUUAAAAAAGCCGAUCAUUGGCAAAACAAAACGCAAAGUUACGAUGUUCCAGCGGAGUGAAGGCAAAAUGGGGAGUCAUCUUGGGGCCACAACGGGUUGGAUUCAUCGCCUUGAGCUUCGUGCUCAUGAUGUUAAGCAAAUAAGUGGCGUUAAGUAUGACGCGUUUGAUGGAAAAUCGCUUUUUUAUACAACAAAUAAUAAACGUGAGAAGCUGGAUGUUGAUGCGGUUGUUUUUUGUCAUGGUCAGAGGUCGGAUCAAAGGCUCCUUGAAGGAAUAAAAGAUUUACGUUAUUACUUGAUUGGCGGUUGUCAUAAUGCUGCGGAAUUAGACGCCAAGAGAGCUAUAUUGCAGGGUCACGAAUUAGCAGUGAAACUCUAA